AUGACCCUCGGAAGCGUCGGCACACCGCAGGGCUCCGUGAUAUUGCCGCUGCUCUUCAACCUGGUCAUGAUCGGAGUUGCGGAGCGACUAAACGCGCGAGUCCCGCACGUCCGUUACACGAUCUACGCGGACGACAUCACGCUAUGGGUUGCCGGCGGCAGCGACGGGUACAUCGAAGAAGCGCUACAAGAAGCAGUGAACACAAUAGAAGAUCAGCUGGAUGGCACCGGUCUCCGAUGCUCGCCACAAAAGUCCGAACUCCUGAUCGUCCCACCACCCGGGCGAUAUAGGAAGAAAGCUACUGAAGACUCGGAGAAGAUCGUGCUCCGAACCAGAGGCGGCAUCGUCAUUCCGAAAGUCUCUAAGCUCCGUGUCCUAGGCAUGGUGCUCGAAGCCAGUAGGAGCAACGGCGUCACCGUCGACAAGAUUAUCACUAAGAUGGGUAUCGCCCCGCGACUCAUCAAGCGAGUUGCGACACGCCACAGAGGGAUGAAGGAGGCCAGCCUACUACGUCUGGUGCAGUCCUUCGCCAUCAGCCACGCUGCCUACGUAGGCGCGUUCCACUACUGGAAAGUACAGGAGCGCGACCGGAUAAAUGCGGCCAUCAGAAGGACAUACAAGGCUGCGCUCGGCUUAUUCAACUACACGAGCACAGCCAAGCUGCUCGAGCUGGGGGUGCACAACACCCUCGAAGAAAUCGCAGAAGCGCAAAGAACAUCUCAGCGCGAGAGACUCCAAACCACACGAACGGGACGAAGCACUCUGGCCAGACUAGGCCAAGGCACGAACACUACUGACAACGAAGCGAAGAGACAUCACGCCCUCCCGAAAAGGGCCCUCCGCCGACUGGUGGUGGCGCCCCUACCAAAGAACAUGCACCCGGAGCACAGCCAAGGCCGACGAGACGCACGAGCCAAGGCCCUCACUGAAGCACAUGCCAACGAUAACGGCGCCUUAUACGUGGACGCCGCUAAAUACAAAGACAAAGAAGACACAUACGUGGCCGUAGCAAUACGCGCCACAACAGGCGAAAUCUACAGUGCUUGCAGCGUCCGUGCGAAGCAAGCGCAUCAGGCGGAAGAAGCCGCCAUUGCGCUGGCCCUCGCCGACAACAAGUGUACAACGAUCCUGAGCGACUCGCGCACAGCGGUUCGGAACUACGGCAGAAAUAAUGUGUGUGCCAGUGCGGUGCGCGUUGUGAAGUGCAGUGACAGACAGUGCACCGACGGACUGCGGACUCGUCUCCGAUGGUUCCCGGCGCAUCAAGGCUGCUACUUCGGGAGCACCUCCCCAAACCGCAAUGAGACUGCGAACGCCGCUGCGCGAGGUCUUACUCGCCGCGUGGUGGCACCAGCGUCCCUCGUCUUAGCGGAGGGAGUAGCCACCGACGAUGACGAAGAAGAAGCCGAACUGGUAACGAGCUACGCGGACGUGCUGGAAUGGUACCGGAGCGCACGUCGCUCCAUGCCGGACCCACACCCGCAGCUCACCAGAGAACAGGCGGUACUCUACAGACAGCUGCAAACGAACUCGGUGCUCACGCCUGCGCUCGCGCGCUUCAUAUGCCCCGAGGUCUACGAGAGCGCAAAGUGUAGUGUGUGUAACAGUGCGACCGCCACGCCAACUCACGUGUUGUGGGAUUGUAAACUGAAUCCAGAAAAGGCAGCGGCCUACCCAGGCACACUGCCAACGGACAUUGCCAGUGCCGUAACGGCUCAGGACUCAGAGCAACAACUACAGGCGGUCCAGCGGAUCGAGACAGCUCUCGCUCGCCAAACGCGCAGGGACGCACACGACGGGACCCAGGGGCGACAGCCUCGUGGAGAACGUUGGGUCCCCCGGCGUAAGCGACGAGACGCAACUUGA